AGCGGGUAAAGUAGACCUCCCUCCGUUCACGAGAUUAAAAGCCAGUCUUUCCUCGUGAAUUCCCCCCUUGCCCGGUCUCUUCCGAGCUUUCCAUAAAGAGGAAGAGGAGGAGGAGGAGCCCUCUUGCUUGCGUUGCCCGUCUGUUAACAUAACCGACAGAAUUCAUGGAGGUGGAGAGAGUGCAGGCCGUGGCGUCUGCUCUGAUGACCGCGGAGACCAUCCCCGCCGAUUUCAUCCGGCCGGAGCAGGAGCGCCCCGCCAUCACCACCUACCAGGGCCCGGCCCCCGACAUCCCCACCAUCGACCUGAGCCUGCCUGACCGCGAGUCCGUCGUGCGGGCCGUCGCCCAGGCCUGCGAGGAGUGGGGGAUCUUUCAGGUGGUGAACCACGGCAUCCCCACGGAGCUCAUCUCCCGCCUGCAGGCGGCCGGGAAGCACUUCUUCGACCUCCCCCAGGAGGAGAAGGAGGCCUACGCCAAGCCCCCGGGGUCCCAGUCCAUCGAGGGCUACGGCACCCGGGUCUCCAAGGAGGUCAACGGCAAGCGGAUGUGGAACGACCACCUCUUCCACAAGGUCUGGCCUCCUUCCUCCGUCAACUACCGCUUCUGGCCCACGAACCCCCCGAACUACAGGGAGGUGAACGAGGAGUAUACCAAGUACAUGAGGGAGGUGGCGGACAAGCUGUUCCUCUGCCUCUCCCUGGGGCUUGGUCUGGAGGAGACCGCCGUGAAGGAGGCGAUCGGCGGGGAAGAGCUUGAGUACAACCUCAAGAUCAACUACUACCCGCCCUGCCCCCGCCCCGACCUCGCCCUGGGGGUGGCUGCCCACACCGACCUGUCCACGAUCACCAUCCUCGUGCCCAACGAUGUCCCCGGCCUCCAGGUCCUCAAAGACGGGCGCUGGAUCGAUGCCAAGUACAUCCCCAACGCCCUCAUCGUCCAUGUCGGUGAUCAGAUUGAGAUCCUGAGCAAUGGACGGUAUAAGGCAGUACUGCACAGGAGUACGGUGAACAAGGAGAAUGCGAGGAUGUCGUGGCCGGUGUUCUUGGAGCCGCCGGAAGAGUGGGUGGUCGGACCUCUGCCUCAGCUGCUUAGCCCCGAGAGUCCCCCGAAAUACAAGGCCAAGAAGUUCAAGGAUUACAUGUACUGCAAACUCAACAAGCUUCCCCAGUAACUCCCUCGGCGAUUGUUUCCCGCCCCCCACCCCAAAACACCAUUCCAUUCCCAAGGGAGAAUAACUACUUUUUGCUUUUCAACGCCCUGGUCCCUCCACCUGUGCACUCAAUUUGUUUUCAAAUGUCCUCUUGUUUUGUUUUGUCAGUUCCAUUUUGAGUUGUGGUUGCGCUACCUGCUGUCGUGUCACCAUUGGAUCGUCUCAUUUUGCCCGAUAUAAACUUGACAAACUGCUAUGGUA